GACUGUCGUCUGAAAUCUCUCUCUUUUUUUCCCAUCAUCUUUUGUCGGUCGUUUGAAACCUUGUGUUGCUGUUUGAUAAAACCCCAUACCCUCAUGUCAACUCUUCAACACUUGCACAACAACUCCUCGACUACUACAUGACGGAACUUACUAUCUCAGACUUCACGCCUGCUGGCACAAUGGAGCACAUUUUAUUUCAACCAGAGAAUGACCAAGGCCCAGUACUCGGCCGAGUCAGCUUAGCCAUGUACACCGUCGCUGUAGCGUUUGUAGCUCUUCGUUGCUUCACACGUGGCUAUAUCGUCAGAAAGUUUGGCAUCGAUGAUCUUUUCAUCGCCAUCGCCGUCACUCUCGGAGCUGCCCAAACUGUAACUAUUCUGCUUCAAAUCGACCAGGGUACUGGUCGGCAUGCAUCCGAGUUGAUUGUUGAUCAAAUGAACAACAUGCUCAAAUACUCAUGGUGCAACAUGCUCAUCUAUUUUGUCGCAAACUGGGCCGUCAAAAUGAGCAUCUUGGCCUUGUACUACCGCAUCACAUCUGGCGCACAAGGACUACCCUGGAUUGUACAAACACACACGAUAUGGGUAUUGGCCGGCUUCAUCACAGCAUUCAGCAUUUCCAUCUUCAUCACUCAAUUCGUCAUCUGCACACCAUUCGGUCGGGUCUGGGACGUGCUAGCCCAGCCCGACGGCUGUCUCAACGUUGCCCUGUUCAUGAUUGCAUCAGGUGCAAUUAACGUCAUUACUGAUGUCAUCUUGCUCAUUUUCCCGCUUCCAUUGCUCCGAUUGCUCAAGUUCAACAAGAGGCAGCGCACUGCUCUUGCGCUCAUUCUUUCUGUUGGCGUCAUCCCAGUCAUCUCCAGCACAAUGCGCCUCUGCGAAAUCCUCAUGGCCGACGGACCUCGCAGAGCAGGAAGCUCAUGGCAAGAACUAGACUUUAGCUGGGGCUGGGCCUGGGUACCCGUUUGGUCUCAACUCGAAGUCGACAUUGGCAUCGUUGCCGCAUCACUCCCUUGCCUCUCCCCUCUCUUCAAGCACGUCUUCUUCUCCAAGGACAACCGCCCAUCCACCCCAUCCAAAAUCCCUACCCUCCCCGGCUACGACAAGAGCUGGCGCAAGGACAUCGACAGCGACAGCGACGACGACAGCAUAAUCGAAAAAGAAGACUGGACCACCAUCGCCAUUGGCAAAGAAGUCGACGUAGAAAAGGGCUACGCCAUCAACGUGAGCGAGCGCGAAACACGCUCCAGCACGGAUUCCGACGACAUGUCAACAGGAGGACGUGACGAAGAGGAGGGCGCGGGAGGGCUUCCUAGAAAAAGUGUCUACUACGACAAUGGCCUCUCUGACAUUGCAGAGGAAGACUGCUCCAACAGGUCCAGUUUGGGCGCUGCAAGGCAGAUUGAAGUCAAGACACUUGCUGCGACAGGGCGGCCAAAGCUAGUCGAGUAUAGAAUAACAUGA